CAUUCAUCCACUAGCAGAGCCUCCAACUAAUUUUCUCUCUCUCUCUCUAACUUUUACCUCUAACAGAAAAGUAAAAAUGGCAAGCGCUCACCCCGAAACCGCCAAACCUACGCCACCAGCACCAACGGUGGUUGACAUGGCGAAUCCCGAGGAGCUCAAGAAGGUUUUCGACCAGUUCGACUCCAACGGCGACGGGAAGAUCUCGGUGACCGAGCUCGGAGGCGUUUUCAAGGCCAUGGGGACUUCCUACACGGAGACGGAGCUCAACCGCGUGCUGGAGGAGGUCGACACCGAUCGCGACGGCUUCAUCAACGUGGACGAGUUCUCCGCCCUCUGCCGCUCCUCCUCCUCCGCGUCCGAGAUCCGCGACGCCUUCGAUCUGUACGACGAGGACAAGAACGGGCUCAUCUCCGCCGCCGAGCUCCACAAGGUGCUUAACCGUUUGGGGAUGUCGUGCUCCGUGGAGGACUGCGCUCGGAUGAUCGGCCCCGUGGAUGCUGACGGCGACGGGAAUGUCAACUUCGAGGAGUUUCAGAAGAUGAUGACGUCGUCCUCCCUCGCUAACAACAGCAGCAACAACGGAUCCGCGGCGGCGAACGGUGGUUCGGCCUAGGGUUUUCUAGAUUUGGAUCCUCUCUAAAAAAACUGGGAAUAAUAAUUUACUACUAUGCUUUUUAGGUACCUUUUCUAAAAUGUGAUAAAAAAGAAAAGUCUAACUUCUAUCCAUCGUUGUUUUGGUUAUUCUUGUUAGAUAAUUAUGGUUGCUUUCUUCAAACAUAUUUGCUUUUCUAA